AUGAGUGCCCUGACUACGUCCGAUCCCGACCGCUACAACGUCCAUAUUGGUUUCUGGACGAAUUGGACCUACGGGAAGGUCCACGGGGCAACGCUGACACUAACUCGACGCGACGGAGGCCUCUUGAUCGCAUUCCUAGCCUUGUUCGUCAGCUAUAGUGGCACGAGCUUCUGGAGGCUUUGUUGCUUUGCCUUGCACCGGCUCUGCUCGUCUUCCCAACCACAAGAUGGACGUUAUCACCAACGCCAAGUCAUAUGGCGCAACGCAACGUCCGCUAAUGAUGGCACCUGGCGGCUCUCUCGCACGAUCUGGGCCUGGCAAAGAGGAGGAAGGAGCCCCGGAAAAGCAUGUUCCUCCUUCAUCCCCGCGCUUCUAUUGGCCAUCGUGAUCUCGGCCACCUUCUCGGUUGCGGGUAUAUUCUCAUCUAGAGUUACGACGGCGACUGCGAACGAAGUGCUAUUUUCCGCCGGCCAUUGUGCGGCUUGGGAUCGCACCUUGAUGACAGCGGAUUUCCAGAACUUCACGAGCUUGUACCUUCCCAAUUACAACGCAAGGGUUUCGACCCAUCUCAGCUACGCCGCUCGAUGCUAUACCCCCACAGCCAGCCCCGAGGACUGCCAAAUCUAUGUAAAGCCAAGCCUCCCAUUCUCUGUUAUCAGCGGUGCACCGUGUCCCUUCCAGAAUGGCAUCUGUCGCUUCGCAUCUAGUAACUUGAUACUCGACACUGGCUUUCUGGAUAGUCACCACCAUCUCGGGAUUAAUGCACCCCCUAAGGAUCGCUUUCAGUACCGAGUGGUCAACCACUGUGCCCCCUUAGUCACUCAAGGUUAUAUGGAAGACUUUAACAAGCCAUAUAAUAACACGCUGUUUCCGGAAAUACCUAUGGUACGCUUCUUCUACGGGCAAUCAGCUUCCCGGGUCCUUCCGGGCACGAAUUUCUCCUUCACGUACGAGGUCCCGGCGAACUUUUCCAUCGACACAUACAACAGUUUUCAAGCGGCACCAAAUGAUUACGUUAUAUCGGCGUUGGGCUCGAUUUGGCCGGUGAAUAAUUCAGACUCGGACCUCACUUCGGACUUCUUCCCGAGAGAAGAGCUGUCGCGCGACAAUGCGGACGUAGUCCUGAUCUUUCUCUCCUCCCUCGGUAUCCAAUUCGUACAACAGGUAGACGAUGCGUGGUACUCAGCACAUCGGGUCUAUGGCUUUUUGACCGACACCACAGCUAUGAAGAAUUACACAGUGUACGCGCAAGACGGACCGGCUAGUGUUCUUGGGUGUACCCUCCAGCAUCAGCUCUGCAACCCUAACCUUCCACUGAAGGAGCGUUGCGAACCGCUGAGGGGUAUAUGGUCGGAUAUCCAACCAGAAACCGCUCUGGACCUGUGGAAAAGUGAGGAAGAUCGUGCUGCAAUGGCAUGGGCUCGUAAGAUUCUCAUCGAAGGGAUUGAUUGCACUAUAAAAGACGUACUAGGGACAGCACAGACUGCAGCGCUCGUUGCCAGAAACGGACUGUAUAAAGCGCUCCAGGGUCCACUCCCAGCAGAUCAGUGGCAGCGUGAAGUACAACAUUGGUUCGGCGCAUCGCUCGCGUCGGUGCAGGAUGCGUUUGUACAGGCGGUGACAGCGCCCACCCCGUCCGAUAUGGAGCAAUUUCGUGUGAAGCCGCAAGACAGAUCAGCACAACGCUUUUGUCGGAACCAGAAGCUGCUCAGCGCACGUUACUCCUCCAUCAAUGUAUUGGGCAUGUCCAUCAUCCUGGUCGUUGGCGCGUUGCUCGUCAUCCUCGACUGGUCCAUCGAAUCGCUCGCGGAUUGCAUCCAGAAACCGGGGAAGAAGCGCAGGUGUUGUUGUAUACGCGUCCGACCCGAACGUUACGCGCUGCUGGAGUGGAAGACCAAUGCGAUAGAACAGCUACAUCGCCUCGCCCAUGAAGGCGCCGGCUAUGAUUCCUGGACUCAUCUUGAAGAUGCCAUUCCAAUUCCAUGCGGCGGCCUUGGUGUGGUGGAUGGCGACGCGACGCACCCGCGAUUAAAGCCCGCUCCGAUCGAGAACAGCAAGUCAAAAUCGACGAGUGGUGGCGCCACAAACAUAGUAUUUGGCGAGGAACAUCCUGAUGUACCAAAAAAGCACACUUGGGGUGCCCAGUCGCCACAGCACAUCGAGAUUGCCUCCACGGCCGUCCCGAUCAGCGAGGCUAUCGAUAACCACGGUAUCAACGACCCGGCGCCACCCUCCGCGUCCAACACCAGCACAUCCUCCUCGGUCUCGACAUAG